GACCUCCCCUCAUGCGGUCCACGAGGUGGAAAUGGCCUCGUGGACCGCACGCACCAUCCAUGCCUCAUGAGUCCCGAUUUUUUUUCCUGUUCAUCUUCUAUUUUUCUGUGGAGGCGAGACGGGAUCCGCAGCAUGCGUUGCUCCCGGCACCGGCGAGGGCGGCGGAGGACGACGACGACGUGAGCGGCGACGAGACAGGAUCCGCAGCCGUGGCCCUUGCUCCUGGCGCCGGCGAGGGCGGCGGAGGACGACGACGCGACCCUCGGUCGAUCGCCGAUUUUUUGGGUCCGGUCGACUAUUCUCACACCUUGGGAGCUAGGUGCAGCUUCAGAUACAGGUAGCUCGGGCGGUGAGGGUUGGGACGGUGCAUGAAGAUGAUACUAGAUAACGUGAGAUAGAGAUCCCGAUCUUACGGUAUCAGUUUUGGUUUGACGCUUAUUAUGUACAUGAGAUAAUGUAGUUUACCCCCUAUACCUGUUAGUAGUGUUCUUAU